GCAGUGGGAAUGGAGUGAGUCAUUGGGUGUUGUUUUGGGGGUACUUGAAAGAGGCUUGGGAGCCCGAUAGGAGCAUGAGACCAGCAGCAGCAGCAGCAGCACCCAGAGGAGUAUGAGAGAGCAGACAAGGGAGGGACGAGCCAAACAGGGGGUGUAGUGAAGAAACAGCCAUCCAUUGUAAGUAGAGAAUCAAGUGUUUCUUCUUGAUGUGCUACCUCGAGGAGUGUGACACCAGCACCAGCACCAGCACCAGCACCAGCACCAGCACCAGCACCAGCACCAGCAGCAGCACCGGGAGGAGGAAGAGGACGAGGAGGAGAGAGCGAACAAGGGAAAGCUCAGCCAAACAAGGGGUGUAGUGAAGAAAAUUCAAUCCAUUGUGAGUGCAGAAUCAAGUGUUUCUUCUUGAUGUGGUUCCUCGGCGGGAGAUAUCUGAGAGCGACCAGCAGGUGAGAAAAGUGUAUUCAACCUACCCAGCAUGCAGAGUCUUCGCAUGUUCACUUAAGCGAGGGGCAAACAGGAGGGAAGAGUGAUAUCCCACCACAACUAUCGCUCCCUCACGUGUCUUACGUGUGCGUCAAUGUGGAGCCUCUGGGAGAAACUUGUGAAGAACAUGGCACACUUCCCAUUCCAAUGCAAGGAGCAAGUCCGUCUUCAUCCUGCCAACCACUCGCUAGACACUCCUAAGGAGUCGAGGCCUCAAACCGAGCACUCAAACAAGAAUGCCGACAAUGGCUUGCUGCACCCUGUCGUCUGCCCGAUGGGAUUGGCUGGCCUUGCAGAGAGGGCAUUGGAUGCAGUGGUUGGUGACCGUGCCACGAUGAAAAAAACAACGGCAGAUCGGCCUGUGCUUCUCGUCGGUAACUACUGCCAUGACACACUUCAUUUGCCAUCGGGGAACAGACACGAGACCCUUGGUGGCUCGGUUUCUUUCGUAACCAGAGUGUUUGACUCCGUUGGUGUUGAAUGUAGAGUUAUGGCAAAAGUUGGCGACGACUUUUGCUACUCAGCAGAUGUGCAUCGCCACCCUCCACGGGUGGUUGGCGGCGUUAGGACCACCAAGUUUGUAGCAGAUCUCACUGGCGGGGAACGGUCGAUAAGGUUGGAGGCAUGCUGCGAGGUUAUCCGGCCAGAAGACAUCCCGGUUCGGUGUGACAAUGGCACCGACUUUGGCUUGGGCAUGGCCAUUGGUGUAGCUGGGGAGAUCACUCCAGAGACGCUUGAGGCCAUCAUGGAUCGCACCCCGUUUGUCGUAUGCGAUUUGCAGGCCCUGAUUCGGGAAGUCGACCCGUCGAGCGGUGAAGUGUCACUCUGCCAUCUGGAACAGACACCAUUUGCCCGUCUUCUUCAUCGCAUAUCAUUUUUGAAAGCAACAAAAGUAGAAUCGUGCUAUAUGAAAGUCGACUCUGUGAGGAAGACGACUUGCGUGGUUGUGACGGAUGGAAAACGUGGAUGCAACGUGUUUUAUCAGAACCACGCCUUCCAUGUCCCCGCUUUUCCUGCUCAGGAAGUGGACCCGACUGGGGCGGGGGACUGUUUUCUCGCAGGGUUUGUUGCGGGACUUUGUCGCGGACUGUCUCUCGAGAAAGCCGCACUCAUGGGGAACUACUUUGGGGGAAUCGCAGUAGCACAGGUUGGGGUCCCUGUAAUUACAGAACAGCACGUGCGGGAGUGGGAGGAGCUGGUGAAGAGAGUUUCCUCUCAGAGAGAUUGCCCUCAAAUCCAGAUGGCUGUAGAUAACUUGGUGCGAGUUCAAACCGGAGUUUAGUAGUGACUGGAAAGUGAGUGGAACCCCCUAUAGACCACCUAUAGACAGGGUCAUGGACCGGUUAAAUGCAACCCCCUAUAGACAGGGUCAUGGGCCAUGUAAGAGGCCUAGCAAAAAGCAGGCAUGAGUCCACACUCAGAGGUGUAUUGUGUUCCCCAAUGGUCGGUCGCAGGAGUGUAGUAAUGCGAGGAAACGUGACUGCAGCCCCUAUAGACAGGGUCAUGGAGCGGCUAGAGGCAACCUGCUAUAGAGACGGUCAUCCAACGGUUAGAGCCUACUCCCUGGCGAAAACAGGAACGAUGCCCACAGCACGAAGUGGCAGCCGCGCGACGUCUGAGAUGUAGUGUGUUCGACAAUGCUUGGUCACUUCUGCCAGCCUUUCUCUGAUGUCCAAUUCAAUAUGGUAGAAUUUAUUCACAGUAUAGUAGUAUACGUAGUCAUUUACGUGUGCUGGCAGACAUGCCCCGGAAGAACAGUGUCGAUCUCGGCGUUGGAGUUGCCGAAAGUCGGCAGAGGUACACAAUGCAAUGGCUUGGCUAGCAGGGUGUUCUCCGGUGCAUUGCUGAAUUGGAUAAGCUAAGCCAAAUCCGGAUGUGGAUGCGCGCGUGGGGGCCGCUACUUUCGAUGUAGCGGCCUGAGCUGACUCAUCUUCAGUGUUCACGGCAGUAUCUUAUUGCUUAACUGAUCUUCAGCGUUCACGGCGAUGUAUCGGCCUGCGUCAUCUUCAGCGUUCACGGCAGAACAGGAAGGCGAAGAGUUAUCCCAUCAAUGCUGCAUGCCUCAUCUUCAGCGUUCACUGCAGUAUUUACGCGUGUGGAGGCUGUACUUUCGACAUAUCGGCCUUCCUGUGGCCAGUCGGAUACGUAAUGGAUGGCGCAAUUUCCCUCAGGUGAGAAGUGGGUGUGCGUUACGCGUGGUCUAAGUGGGAAGUUCCCAGUCAUGUGGAUCUCUAGGACCAGAUCAGACGGCUAGAUCUUACCAGGUUCACACAAGAAGGUCUCACAUCAAAACUUUAAGAUAUUCAGCAUUUCCAGGACCAAUUCCAGGACCAAUUCCAGGACCAUUUCCAGGACCAAUUCCAGGACCAAUUCCAGGACCAAUUCCAGGACCAAUUGCAGGAGCAUUCCCAGGCCAGGUCCAUUUGUGUGAUCUGCUGAUGCCUGGUCUGGAUCAGACCAUAUGGAGUUUAAAGAUGUUCUGAUCAUAUUCAUCAAUUCCUUGGCGAUUUCCGGGCCAGCUUCGCCAGGUCGAAAGCUGUCCUUUGGGAGGACGGGUGGCAAUGCGAGAAAUGGCCGGACGUUUAGUUGUACGAGUAGGGAACUGAGAAGUCAAGGAGUAGGGAACGGAGAAGAGGAGGAGUAGGGAAUGGAGAAGUCGUUCACGAAAGUGCAGGUUCUGUUGUGGGAGUUGGCAGUGGACCUGAUAGCCUGAAGAAGAAGAAGAAGAAGAAGAAGAAGAAGAAGAAAAGGAAAGCGGCUUCUGUACAUUCAAACUAGAGCAGUUGGCUAGCACCCCUGCAUUACCUCGACAACCUUUCUGAAGUUCGGAUAUCGAGCAACUGAUGUAUUCAACAGACCGAGCUCUCUCUCAUAUUUGGACAUUCCUGGAUGUCUGUCGCCACAUCUACGGCCAUAUUUGAUC